GUUAAAAUUCAUUAAAUACAUCGAUGUUUUCUUUCUUUCCAGAUUCCGGAUCCGCAUUCCGAAUAAUUCGAAUAUCCGGAUUAUGCGAAUAAUACGGUUUUCAGUUCUCGGAUCGGAAUCGAUUUCGAAUAUCCGAAUACUUAGAAACCCUAAUGGAGAGAUUAUUGUAUUAACAAAAAAAAUUUGAAAAAUGACGUCUCUUUUCUAUUAUAUGAAAUAGAAAUUACGACUUUCCGUGCAAAGCGAGGUCCACCCCACCUUCCUCCUUGCCAAAAUCGUGCAUCCCAUGAAACAAGGGGGAGGUGGGGUGAAAAUUGACCAAAAUAUUUCUAUACCAUAUUUUUUUUUUGAGCAGUGUAUGGCUACGUUUCACCUAACGCUCGCGAGCAUCGUUCAUUCUUGUUUAAUAUUUAAUAAACAACAAAGAUAAAAUAAUUUCGCGAAUGUUGGGCGUUAAGUGGAACACACUAUAUAUAUGUAUAGCAGAAAUGAGACAUUAUUUUUUCAAAUUUUUUUUGUUAAUAACUUUUUAAUGAAUAAGACGAGCGACAGUUAAAACUUGUUGGAGGUUAUUUAAGGUCACGACCUUGACAACAUAUGUCAAGGUUAUUGCAGGCCUCGUUUUCUAUAUAUUUACCAUGAUAAUACUAAUCAGUGCGUAAAAAGAUUAUUCGUGGCGAAUAUUUUUUAAGAAAUAUAGAUUUUUAUUAUAAUUAUAAAUAAUGAUGAAGGUAAUUAUUCUUGUAUGUAUAAGAUAUCUUUGACCUUUCUCUUUACCAGAGUUUGUGUGUAAAGAGAACAUUCUUGUACCUUGAACCAUUCCCGAGAAAACAAUGACCGAUAGUGUACCUUGUCUGUAGAUGUGCACCCGCAUAUGCAAUUGUCAUGAAUACUAUAGCAGUUUAAGUUGAUUCGCGUCGCUUAUGAACUCCGGUUCAUAGACAGAUACUGUAUGUAGCGCUGCUAUUAAAUGACGAAGCGCAGUGAUCGUACUAUCUGCAAAGUCAGACAGUGAACGAAUCGUGGUCCGACACGCUGCUUGCUAUCGAGUGCAAACGAAUAAACAGAUAUCGGAAAAAUGCGGGAAUGCAUAUCCAUUCACAUAGGACAAGCGGGCGUGCAAAUGGGAAACGCCUGUUGGGAGCUUUAUUGUCUGGAGCAUGGUAUCCAUCCAGACGGACAAAUGCCGAGCGAUGUUACUGUGGGCUCCGGAGAUGAUUCCUUUAACGCGUUCUUUUCCGAAACUGGUUCAGGGAAGCAUGUCCCGCGAGCGGUUUUGGUCGAUCUCGAGCCAACGGUGGUAGAUGAAGUGCGCACGGGUACUUACAGACAAUUAUUCCAUCCGGAACAAAUGAUUACCGGGAAGGAAGAUGCAGCUAAUAAUUAUGCCAGGGGCCAUUAUACAAUAGGAAAAGAGAUCAUAGAUCUUACUUUGGACAGAAUACGCAGACUGACAGAGCAGUGCAAAGGCUUACAAGGCUUCUUAAUCUUCCAUUCUUUCGGCGGUGGCACAGGUUCCGGAUUCUCGAGUCUGCUUAUGGAACAACUGUCCGCAGAUUACCCGAAGAAAAGUAAACUGACUUUUAGUAUCUAUCCAGCCCCACAGGUAUCGACUGCAGUAGUGGAACCUUACAACGCAAUUCUGUACACUCAUCCGACGUUAGAGCAUAGCGAAGUGGCUUUCAUUGUAGAUAAUCAGGCCAUUUAUGAGUUAUGCAGGAGGAACUUAAAUAUUGAUCGACCGACUUAUACGAAUCUGAAUCGACUGAUUGGACAAAUAGUCUCAUCCAUCACCGCCAGUUUACGAUUCGAUGGUGCCCUGAAUGUCGACCUCACUGAAUUCCAAACGAAUUUAGUGCCUUAUCCACGUAUUCACUUUCCACUUGCUACGUAUGCUCCGGUUCUGUCAGCAGAGAAGGCUGGGCAUGAGAGAGUGACCGUCUCGGAAAUAACAAGCUCCUGCUUUGAACCGAAUCAUCAAAUGGUGAAUUGCGAUCCGCGCAUGGGAAAAUACAUGGCAGUAUGUUUGCUCUACAGAGGCGAUGUGGUACCAAAAGAUGUGAACGCGGCGAUCGCGAUGAUAAAACGCCAGAAGCAUGUGCAAUUCGUCGAAUGGUGCCCGACGGGAUUCAAGGUGGGAAUAAAUUAUCAACCACCCACCGUUGUACCAGGUGGAGAUCUCGCGCGGGUAGAAAGAGCUGUUUGCUGUCUCUGCAACACGACAGCGAUCGUGGAUGCAUGGGCCCGACUUGAUCACAAAUUUGAUCUCAUGUAUGCCAAGCGAGCUUUCGUACAUUGGUUCGUUGGGGAAGGCAUGGAGGAAGGUGAAUUCUCGGAAGCCCGGGAAGAUCUAGCCGCCUUGGAGCUCGAUUAUCGCGAGGUGCAAGAAGAUGCUGUUAACACCGAGGAAGAAGAGGAAUACUGAACUCGCCAUCAUUAUAAUAAUUUAUACUAUUAUAAUACAUGUUGUAUAACACAUUCUACCAUUACAUUAUUUUCGGACGAGUCUUUGAUUUACGUUACUUAUUAUCGUUAACGGUAUCCUUAUUUAAGAUGAAUUAUUGUAUCUGUAUAAAUAAAUUAUUUAUACAUUCUAGCCAA